CAUAAAGUUACGCGAUUUAAAUAAUAAAAUAUGGCGUCGUAACAUAUUAAUACGAAAUAAUACGUUUAAACAAACCAACACUGCAAUAUUAUACGAUAUUAUAGCUGCACAGUUGUACACGUACCUACAUCAUUUUGAGAAGCACUCACAAUAAUAAUUCCGCGCCGUGUCCGUAUCGUAAUACGUCUAUCAACGCAUUUGUCGAUUUGCGGAAGUCCGUUUUAAGCAAUAAUACAAAAUAAUAAAUAAUAUUAUACAUCAUAGUCGUGAGUAUAACAACGCGACUAUUAUUAUAAGACGUAUUCGCGGAGCGUUGCGACGGCGGCGGCAGUGGUGGCAGCGAAUACAGUCACAGUAUAUACGAGGACACUUAAAGAUUUUGGAAAAUUAACAUUACAACAUUACAGUCUGUGAGUCAUUAUUUGUUGGAAUUCAGAGUACAUAGUGGCUAUUUUACUCUGUGGCGGGCAGAUAGGUGCUGCAGAUGAUUUGUCAUUGAAGCCGAAAAAGAGAAAGGACACCGAAAUUUAAACCGAUGUUAUAGCUGUAGAAACUAUAGUCACUGUAAUUUUAAAAAGCAAAUAAACGGCGAGGCGGAGGGGAACGGGACUGAACAACAACUACUAUCUAGUCCCCAAUAAAAAAAAAAUCUCCAUUAGAAUCUAUACACUCUAUAGCUGUACAAGUACGCGCGUUUACUGCGUCUUUAACGAGGAUUGGAAAGGAUCGCUGAAGAGUUAAUGGGAAGAAGAAAAUGGCACCAGUAUCAAGACAUUUUGGCGAAAAAUUAUUUACUGGAAGAAGAAUUGAUGGAUCGGAGAGAAUGGGUUCCCGUCAAAACGUGUAAUUCGUGUGAUGUGAACACAGACCUGAGUAUAGCGGAUCACUCACCUGCAGAACUGGAGCCAUCGUCUGAAACCGGAAGCUUGAGCGGCGGCAGUCGCAGCGCAGAGAGUCCGGAACCGGAACCGGGCAGGCGGGCGUCGUCCACACCGCCGACGGCGGCAUCAGAGCCGUGUUGCGCCGAUGACCGAUCGCCGCCGCCACCUCCACUGCUGUUGCUGCCCAAUCCCACGGCCGCCGCCGCCGCAGCCGCAAUGGCCGCGGUCGCGUCACUGAACAACUCGUCGUCGUCGUCGUCCACCACGACGAUGACACCGGCCGGCGGGCCACCGUCGCCCGGCGCGCUGGAGGCCGCGGCCGCCGGCCUGCCGAAAUGGCUGUUGGCCGCCGCCACGCUGAGGCUCCAAGAGACGACGGCCGCCGCGGCGGCUGCAGCGGCUGCGGCCGCGGCCGCGACGUCGGCGGCCACCGGUCGCAAGUCACCGCCCCGUCACCAUCAACAACAACAAAACCAGUCGCUCGACCAACCGCUCGACCUCAGCGCCAAGAGCAACAACAACAACAACAACAACAACAACAACAACGUAAGCGGUUCGGGCGGUUCGUCGUCCGCGUCGUCCACGCCGUCGUGCCCGAGCUCGUCGUCCACGCCGUCGGCCGAGCUGAAAAACGUGCCGGCCACCGUCGCCGCCACCGUAGCCAUCAACCCGUUCACGUCAGAUCUCAUCGCCUCGGACAUGGUGAACCAGCUGCGCGACCUGUUACCGAACACGUCCACGUUCCUACCGCACCCUGCAACGCUCAACGUGCCCAUGGUGAACACCAACAACCGGAACAUGUUUAAGUCGAGACCGGGGAAACAGCCAAGUCAUUUAGCCGGCCGGAAGACUUACACGGAGGACGAGUUGCAAAAGGCUCUGCGGGACAUCCAGAGCGGAAAGUUGGGCACAAGACGGGCGGCCGUCAUAUACGGCAUACCCAGGUCGACGUUGCGGAACAAGGUAUACAAGUUGGCGCUGGAACGGGACAGCACCGGAAGUGGCGGUACUGCCGUUGGCGCUGGAGUAGCCAUCAGGGACGCGUCGACCGUCGGAGACGAUCCGUCCAACGGACAAGCCGCCGAAAUGUUGCCGAUGCUGGCCGACGACGACGACGACGAAGACAGAGAAACGGCGUCCGUCGAAGACGAAUGCAGCACGAACAGGGCGACGGCGGACGGCAAGGACCACCACCACCAACACCAUCACCACCACUCGGGACACCAACCACAUCUGCCGCCGCAGCAUCGCGGCCAACAGCCCAGAACGCCGUCGUCGUCGUCGUACAUGACUGUCGAAGACUUGCUGCGAAUUACGGCGGAACAACAGCAACAGGCGGCCGCGACCAUGCCCAACGCCGAGACGCUCCGGAUGUUCUUGCAGCAUUACGCCAACAACAAACUGCUGCAAAACAGACCGGAAACGCAUUACCGCGGCUCCGGACGCGACGUACCGGUAGACGGCCGUUCGCCAUCGCCACCGCCCACAGCCGCCACCAGGUUUCCGCUUCCCAUAACCGCGGACCUGUGGCCGGCGGCUGCGGCGGCCGCAGCGGCGGCGGCAGCCUUGGACCCUCAACACAUGGGAACGUAUCUGUCGCACUUGUUGUCCUCAUCAGUGACGUCGCCCGCGGCCGGAUUGGCGUCGCCGCACUUGCAAUCGACUGGAAGUCCGCCGCCACCGCCACCGCCACCGCCGCAGCAACACGUGUCAGCGGCUCACCACCACCAGCAAGAAUUCCUCAAAGACUUCACCGUCAAGGACUUGAUGCGCAAAAUAUUGGAUGAAGAGCAACAGCAACAGCUGCAGCAGUUGCAGCUACAGUACGGCAACAAACUGGUAGACGCCAGACGGUGGACGUCGAACGGUUGCAGUUCGUCCGAACCAAUGGACACGGGUCGCAGUAACGACGACGACUCCAAUCCGUCCAACGUCAUCCUGAGAAUACCUUCGUACAAGCCGGUUCCCGGCAGUAAGGGUGGCGAUUACGAGUCGGUGGCCAGCGGCAGGGACGUCUCGUCUCCCGGCCGAGCCAACAGUGCCCGAAGCGAUUCGUCGUCGCCUCCGUCGUCAACCGGUGGCGGAAAACAUCCGGUAAACCUGAAAGACGUGAUCGCCAAAAGCAUCACGCACAGGUUCCAAUCGGAUCCGCCGCUCCCGCCGCCCAUACCGGCCGUCGAGUCGUUCGCCCGGGCCUAUCAACAGUACCAGCAGCAACACCACCAUCACCAACAACAACAACACCAUCAUCAUCUGCAGCAACAACCGAUCGGCAUGUCCGCUUCCUUCGGUACCGGCAACUCCGUCAUCAGGAACCACAACAACAACAAUCUGCAGCAGGACGACUGCCGGAAACGAGUGCCGACGCCCACCAACAAAUCGUCGUCGUCGGUCAUAACGCCCUCGUCGGCCGGCGGCGGGUUCCACACCGGCGGCUCUUCGUCGUCGUCUUCCAACUCGGCGUCGGCCGCGGCCGCUGCGGCUGCGGCUGCUGCUGCGGCGGCGGCUGGUGGCAAGGGAACCAGACCAAAGCGGGGCAAGUAUCGAAACUACGACCGGGACAGCCUGGUGGAAGCCGUGCGAGCGGUGCAACGCGGCGAGAUGAGCGUGCACCGGGCCGGGUCUUACUACGGAGUGCCACACUCCACGCUCGAGUACAAGGUCAAGGAGAGACAUCUGAUGCGGCCCAGGAAACGCGAGCCCAAGAACCCUCCGUCAUCGUCGUCUGUGUCCGCCGCCGUCGCCGACCAUCACUCGGACCGGAAAAAGUCGACGUCCGAUCUGUCGUCUUCGUCAUCGUCGGCCGUCCGGCCGGCCGACAAGACCACCACCACCUCGUCGUCCUCGUCGUCCGCCACCCCACCGGCUAUCAAACUGCCCGCACACGUCCAGUUCCCGGCGGCGGCGCAACAACAGCCGUCGUCGCUUCCGACGCCCAACGGGCUGAAAAUGUUCGACGCCGCGGGCGGCCCGGUGGGCCCGUACCAACCGUCGUUUCCGUUCUGGGCCCCGAGCCCGUUCCACGUUCCCAUGGAGUUCCAGCGCAAUCCCGUCACGUUCCCACCGAUGUCGAUGAUGCAACGGAUGCAAGCCGAGUCGCGGCUGCACCAUCACCAGGCCGCGGCCGUAGCCGCCGCGUCCAUCGCAAGCCUGGGCAAAAACGCCCGCGAGGUGGCCGAAAACCUGUACGACGGGACGGACAACGGCAGCUUCCUGGACGGCAUCAUCAGGUCCAGUCUGGAGACGGGGCUCAAGUCGGCUGCCACCAUGGCGGCCGUCCAAGCGGCCGCCAAGAACGCCAUGAAGGGAGGUGGGGCAGGUAGAGACGGCGUCGGCAGUGGCGGCGACGACUGCAGUCCGGAAGGUUCGCCGCGAGCGGUUGGGCCCGAAGACGACGGCGAAGACCGACCGGCCUCGCCACCGUCGUGCCAGGACUCGGCCGCGGAAAGCGAAGACGAGAAGUCACGAUUGGAGUCACCGGACGGACAGGAACAUCGUCAUCGUCAUCGGCAGCACGACGAUUCCGAACACGAAACGGUCGCCGACCGGGCGUCAACCGCGUCGCCCGAACGCGCCGCUACCGAAACAGAAAACGACGAUGACGACAUCGCCGAUGCGGUCGUCUGAGAGGUAUAACCGUUGGUAUGCAUAUAACAUGAUAUAUUAAUAAUUAGCGCGUUUGAAAAAAUAAAAACAAAAAAAUCGGGAACAAAUCGAAUAAUUAUAUAAACGUCUUGUGAGACGAUUUUGUGUGAGUGUGUAAAAUACAUAAUAUAAUAAUAUAUAAUAUUAUCAUUAUGAUGGUAUACUGCAGAAUUCUAUUGCCGCCGAUUGAGUAAAAAUAUUAUAAUAUGUAUUCUUGUUAAUAGAAGGGUGGUGUGAGUUUUUGUUUGUUUUGUUUCGGUAACGAUUUCGAUUGAGGAUAGAGAACGAUAUAGUUUAAAAAUAUAUAAUCGGCUAGUGCAAUUUUUACGUAGUCUGUGUUAAAAAUUGAAAUAAUAAUACAUGCAUGAAUAACGCACAUUACCAAACUGCUGACGGUAAUGAAAACCACCAUGAAUUGUUAUUUCGCGGCGUCUUUGUGAUAAAAAAAAAAAAAAAUUGUUUAUAUUCGUUUACGUUGUGUUUUUCUAUUGUGAUUUUAAAAACAAAAAAAAAAAAUCUUACGAUUUUUUACUUAAAAUUUUAUUGCACUACCAUGUUUUAAAACUACGAAUAUUUUUUGGUUGUAAACGUCCCGUUUUUAUGUACAGUGUAAAAAAUUUUAUAAUUUAUUUUAUUAUUAUAAUAUAUAUUAUAUUAUAUAUACAAUACUAUUACAUAAAUCAUUAUUAUUUGUAGGUAUAUAUACUCGUAUAGUAUGUCAUAUUGUGUUGUAUUGAUUAAUAUCAAGGUCUCACGUAUACCUUUCUAUAGUAUAUCAUAAUACGAUAUUUAAUCUAAAAUUAAUGGUAAUCGAUACACGGACUAGAGGGAUGUAUAUACCUAUAUCUUAUUAUAUAAUACAAUAUACACGUUAUACAUGUACUCGAAAAUCAUGCAUGAAAAUGUUUGUGCCAUAAAAAUAUUGAUAGUAUGUAUAAUAUAUUAUAAUAUGUGUACUGAAAUAUUUCAUUGGUAGAGCCGUAUUUGCGCUUAACGAAUGUUUAUAAUUGAUUAUAUUUUCUAAUCACGUGUUCCAUACGAACAAAACGUUUAAUUUAUUAAGUUUUUUCGUUUUAUAUACGUAAGGAAUAAGGAAUUGUUUUUUUUUUUUUUUUGUAAUCACUUCUAUAUUUGUAUGUAUAUAUAUAUAAAAAAUUGAAUAAUUUUUAAGACUAUUAUUUUGUAUUAUUGUUCCUUUUAAACGUAUCGAGGAAAACGAUGAUUAUAUAAAAUUAAAGAGCAAAUAUUAAAAGAAAAAACAAAAAAACACAAAAAAAAAAACAAAUAAAUGUAAAUAUAUUAUUUUAGUGUUCGAUUUAUAAUAAUAUUAUUAUCACAUGAAAGUCUGUAAUUUUUUCUCGAUUUUUUAAUAUAUAUAUAUUUUUUUUUUAAAACUCUAAUCAUAUCAUUACGACAUUAGGUAGUUGUUUUUUUUUUAUAUAUAAUAUAUAUAGAGAGGAAGAUUGUGCUUUGAUUGUAUUAUGUACUCAUUCGACCGCAAUCAAACCUGUGUAUAAGGGGAAUGAUAAAAUCGAUUUACAUUCCAUACAACGCGAUUUAUAGUAUAUAUAUAUAAUAACUGCUAAACUCAAAUUUUCAUCUUCAGUUCUCGUGACAUUAUUUUUAAAAAACCCAAAGACAGCAAAACAUUCCAAAAUAAAACGUUUUUUUUUUUUUUU